AUGGAAAAGUGCAGAAAAUCACCACCUAACUUAACAAAGGUGGAGACUUCCCUUUUGAGAGGGAUGAUUGUACAGUCACAAAUGCAGCAUCUAACUGAUGAUAAUCCUGCUUUAAGAAAUCAUGUCAUACCUGUCUCAAAUACUCCAGUGAUGUCUGUAUCCUACUCACUUGAGCAUCUUUUCCAGGUUCACGAUGACCCUACCAGUGUCUCAGAGUUUCGUGCUCAGGUGACUACCUACUUGACAUCCCUCAAGAUUUCCAAUCCUGCAGAUGAUGCCCAGGUCAAGUUCUCUUUUGAAUACUUAUCUCAACAGAUGCAAAUUUCUGAUGUCAAAACUGGAUCUGACCAGAUUAGUCUACUGAAACUAUAUGAAAACUUUAUUCUUAAGUUCCAACAGUCAUUUGGUGAAUCCAUGAAACAAGAAAUGAACCCCCUAACAAAUGUUAAGGUUGACAAGGGAAAAAACUCCUCUCAGCAGGAUUCUACUAAUUUUCAGAUCCUUCCUCAAAAUCUAAGUUAUAAUGACACCAAUCAGAGUGAUCAGUUCCAAGAGGAUAUAUCUGAUGACACUCAUGAUGAAGAAAUCACAGAUAUAAUGGGGAACCUACCAGACUUGAUCAUUCAGUGCAUUAAGCUGGACCAAAAACGUAAUGACAGGCCAGAACUCCUACAGUCAGAAACCCAGGUCUCAAUGUUUUCUUCCAUGCUGCACCAACAAUCCUUCCUCAGUCCCAUACGACUAGCACCCAAGGAGGAGCCCACACAACUCCGGGGAAUGCAACUGCCUGUCACUCCAGCCAAAAGAGCCCGCCAGCAAGAAACUCAGUCAUGUCUCUAUUGUAGCCAGGCUGGUCACUUCACAAGAGACUGCCUUGCUAAACGUUCUCGAACUCCAGCAAGUGUAAAAAAUGCAACUAACAAGUAAAAGAGGACAAUAAGUCAUUUUGCAAACUCUUAUCCCUCUCACCGUUGACCUUACUGAUUUAAAAUCCUCCACAAACUUUAAAAUACAAAUGAGUUGCUGUGGUGUCACUUUACAGACAGCCAUAAAUACUUGUAUCCCCAGGUUUAAAUUAGAACAACCAGAACCUUCUCAUUGGAAGCUAACCCCACACCAAACUUGAUCUAACAAUAAUGAAGACAAUUCACAGAGACAUUGUAGUUGGGACCCAUCUCUCCAUGAGUUCUCAACGUUUGAAUGCAAAACUCUUUCCAGUCUGAGCCAAUAAAAAGAAUCCUGAGAGUUUAUUGAAAUUUCCAUUCCCACCAAUGAAUGAGAUCUAGAUUGAUUCUGUUGGUGCAAGUUCUAUAGCUUAUGUGACUGGGAUUGAGCCCAAAGUUUUCAUCAUCUUCUUCAUUGAUCUGACUUUUAGUGAACUGUUUGUUUAGGUUCUUUGUUUGAAAUCCCAUUUGCAUUACCAUAUGCUACAAAUAUUCACUUCUUAGAGCUACAAGAAUCUGGAUUCUACUCAAAUUAUUGACCACAUUGUGGCUCCAAUACAAACUAGCCAUACUGGAACUGCAUAUCUGCCACUAGUCCAUGCAGUUAUGUAUUUUAUUGCCAUCUAAAGACACCUACUUACCCAAUAACAUAACGCUUAACUAUUGGCAAAACAGACUUUAUGGCUAUUUGAACACUGCUUGUAAUUGAUGGCACCCUUCUUUGAAGAACAGUCCAUCUAGCAGGUAUAUGCACUAAGGCAAACUUUUACAAUCCAAGUUUAUUCACAUCUACUCUAAUGACCUUUUUUAGGUUCCAGGUACAUGGCUAAGUCAAAUGGUUUAGAAUAAUAACCUGGAAAGUUAUUUAGUGACAGUUGUUUAAGGUGAAUCAUAGCUACAGCAUGUUCUUGCUGUCUUGAACAAGGACAAAUCUCCACUAAGGACUGCAGUUCUGCUCCAGCAUCUUUUUUUUUCACUCGCUAGGUCUCAGCUUGCAGCUAUUUAGGAUCACUGCCAAUUGCUACUGACUUCUACGUUUAUGAAUCACCUCUGGGUGUGAUCAUCUACUCAAAGAUCUUGAAAAGCACUGGGAUUACAUGCAAGUUUUGGAACCAUCUCAUCUAAAAAAAUACUGGGGAAUAUACAUUAACACCAUCUGUGCACAAAACUCAGUAACUGGGGUGUUUGGUUGCUUGUCUUAUACUCUUGGCAUACAUAAGAUCUAUAUCUUCUAUAUAUUCAUGCAAAAACAAGAAUGAUAUGCUCUAAAGGAACAACUAAUCAGAAAUACUAACAUCCAGUUUUGAUUAGUAUUUGCAAGUAAU